AUGAGAAACGAUUGCAAUGCCAACACUCACGAGUAUUUUGACGGAACAACAUACAUUCUACAAGCCAAUUGUGGAAUCCCUGCCAACACUGAGAUUACCCGCCGCUUCAGUUACUCAAAUGACUAUAAAAGCCGCCGCCUUCAAUUUAUGGAAACAGAUAAGCUUGAUUGUAAGUGUAACUUAUGUAUUCGAGGAAAUCUAGGACCGAUAGGUGAUCUUCGAGAGCGCAUGCUUUCAGUUCACAUUUACAAUCACAAGCCUAGAGCCAACAAAGAGCAGCUGACCAAACAACUAACGAUCGAUAACAAAGUUGUUACUGAUCUGAGCUAUAAUGGAUUCGGCUACGAUUGCCCUGGUCUAAGAUCAGUAUAUAUGAGUAUAUUCAGCGAUCAAUUUGAUCUAGACUCCCGCACUAAAACUCUGGAUUACAAAGAGUCCUUGAGACUUCUUCUCACUGUCUACUACUUCAUUGAUCAAGUUGCAUGCCCGGCACCAUCACCGGAAGAGCGCAUCAAAGUUCUGUAUUUCCUCAUAGUUAUCGCCUCAAGUACAAAAGACUCCCGAUUCAAGGUUAGCAAUAUCGUCCUCACAAUGCGCAAAUUUAUCUAUCAUUGGCGUUUGCAGCUCGCUCACUACUCCGAACAAUUGGGUGGCCCCAAUACCAAAAUUGCUAUAUUUCAUCGAAGUGCUUUUAAGAAAGAUUUAGAGGCUGGGUAUAUACCUGUUUCUAAAGACAAAGAUGCUCUCGUGAAGGAUUUGAAUGGUUGGUUCAAAUUGCUUGAUCUUGAUGAGAUAACAUCCGAGCAGAUUUUUCGUACCCAAAGGAGCUACAGAAUAUACAGGGAAAUCAUAUCGUGA